UGGUCGUGCUGGAGUCGAGGGCAAGUCGUCUUCCUCCCUCUCCCUCUCCUUCUUCGCUUGUAUAUACAUGCAUAAUACAUACGCACGCAUCUUGUAAUCGGUUUUUCAUUCGUUUCUCUCCCUCGCAGUCUCUCUGUGCCAUUUCAUUUCUGCUACAUUCUGCAUCUGCUCUUCGUCUUCCCCGCAAAUCCUAUCCUCCCACCAACGCUGUCACAUGAAAAUCCCGCCCUCAGCGAGCACAUGAUAAUCUCCGCCCUCCCAUAUGAAAGUCAACAAUUGCAAUCUCUCGCUGCCCACCCAUAUAUAAUCCCAGACGAACCCACCAUGCCAUCCGCACGACCACCUGCGUCUCUGGCAUCCAGCUCCUCAGAACCCUCCUACUCCCCCGUGGCCACUGGCGCUCCCAACCACCCGGACGAUCGCGACGACCGUUCCCCGUCCAACACCCCCACCGGCAACUCCUCAUCCAAGCCGGUUUCCGGCUCUUCCGCAUCCAACGCGCAGGACAAGGAAAAGCCACGGCUCACGGAGCAGGAAAAGAAGAACAAUCACAUCGCGUCCGAGCAAAAACGGCGGGCCGCGAUCCGGGAGGGCUUUGAUCGCCUGACGGAGCUGGUGCCGGGCCUGGAGGGCCAGGGUCGCAGCGAGAGCAUCGUGCUCCGGAAGACGGUGGACUUCAUCCAACUACAGCUACAGGAGAGGCAGGAGUUGAUCGCCGAGAUUGAGCGCCGCGGAGGAUGCAUCGAUAAGUGUGGGAUAAAUGACAUUAAGCUAUCCACGUCAUACGACUGCAGGAAUCGGGAUGGCAUUUUGGACGGGAGGGAAAAGUCUGGCGCCCUCCUCUCCCAGAACAACGACCCCUCCGACCCUCCCCCAGCCUACGACCAAACGACCACCGCACCAGCCCCCAACCCGAAGCGCUCAACGAUGCUCCUCCCGCGCCCACCCCCUCUCUCCCUCCCGAUCCUGAACAACCUACGCAACAAACGAUUCAUCCUAGCCUCCGCAUCCCCACGACGGCGCCAAAUCCUCUCACUCCUCGGCCUGCCCAACGUGGAAGUAAUCCCGUCCAACACGCCCGAAGACCUGCCCAAGACGAUGGAACCCUUCGAGUACGUUCUCGCGACGGCGACGCUGAAGGCGCAAGCGGUGUACGCGCAAGAAAUCAACAACGAGGAGAAGGGCGAGCCGGCGAUCAUACUCGCGGCCGACACGGUGGUGGUUGAUACCGGGUCCGGGACGAUAUUGGAGAAGCCGCGCUCGGAGGCCCAGCAUAUUGCCAUGUUGAAGGGGUUGAGGGAUGCGGGCGAUCAUCGCGUGUAUACGGCCAUGGUGGCUAUGGCGCCGUUGGCGAGUGCCAGACAGCCGGGGUAUGCGUUGGAGACGGCGCUCGAGGAGACGGACGUCCGGUUUGAUCGGAAUGUCACGGAUGAGUUGAUCUUGGCGUAUGUGAGGACUAGGGAGGGCGCGGAUAAGGCGGGCGGGUAUGGGUUGCAGGGUUUGGGGAGUAUUUUGGUCGAGAGGAUUAGUGGGAGUUGGGAUAAUGUCGUCGGGUUGCCGUUGAGGGCGACCUUGAAUUUGAUUGAGAGGGUCGCCGAGAAGGCGGAUGAUGAGGAUUUGUUGGAUGGGGAGGGGGAGGAGUUUGAGGAGGGGAGUGAGGAGGGGGAUGAGUGA